GCGCGGAGCAUCCUGGGAGUCGUAGUCCCCGUCGGGCGGAGGAGCCGUAGAGCUGCGCGGCGGCGGAGGCGCCCGGGAACUACAGCUGCGGGGCGGGCGGGGAUUUGGAGCAGGAGGAAGCGCGGGCGGAGGAGCGGCUCCCUGCGCCGGCUGUGCACGGGGCUGGGUUGCUGGACGCCCGAGGGGGUCUCUGCGCAGGAUGCAUCCCGGGCUGGCCGUGGGGCUGGUCUUCGGCGGCUGCUGCAGCAACGUGGUUUUCCUGGAGCUGCUGAUCAGGUGAGAUGCUGGGGGGGAGGAAGGAUGGGGAAUCCACCUUCCAAGAUCGGGGUGGGCAUCCCGAGAGGCGCAGAACCGUGGGAUUGUGCAUUGGGAAGGGGGCCCCCAAAGGUCAUCCAUCCCAGCCCGCCGGCAUGCAGGAAGCACAGCUCCACAGCCCCUGGCAAAUGGCCACUCAACUUCUCGUUUAGAGCCCCUUAGAAGCAAAAGCAGCGGUUGACUAUUUGCUGCUGCGUAGCCGGGGAGGGCAGGGAGGCAGCUGUCCACAUCUGCCCCCCCUCCCCAAUCAAGCAAGAUAAAUUAAAAUACUUAACCAAAAGUAUAAAUAAUCAGAAUGAUUGGAAUUGGGAGCAAGGAGUGGGGCAGGGAUAGGGAAUCCACUUGCCAAGAUCGGGGUGGUGUGGGCAUCCCGAGAGGCGCAGAACCGUGGGAUUGUGCAUUGGGGAGGGGGCCCCCAAAGGUCAUCCAUCCCAACCCACUGGCGUGCAGGAAUCGCAGCCCCACAGUCCCUGGCAAAUGGCCACCCAACCUCUCGUUUAAAGCCUCCUAGAAGCAAAAAAAGCGGUUCACCAUUUGCUGCUGCGUAGCCAGGGAGGGCAGGGAGGCAGCUGUCCACCUCUGCCCCCCCUCUAUAAAAAAUAAUCAAGUAAGAUAAAUAAAAAUACUUACCUGAAAGAAUAAAUAAUCAGAAUGAUUGGAAUUGGACGCUCGCUGAGCUCAAAAGAAGGUAAUUUAGAACAACUGUUUGCGGAGACGUCUCGUUCCGAAUCUGCUAGACAGAGCCAGGCAGGGGGUGGUGACAGGUGGGGGUAUAUAAACUAUAUAUUCUGUAUCAUUAUGCUAUUAGUAUAUAAAGCCCUUAACAACUCGGGACCAGUUUACCUGCGAGAUUGCAUUUCUCAGCGGAAUUUGCACCAUUACAUGUAAUCCCUGUUCCACAUUUGUAAGAACUGGGUCGUUUCGUGUGGCAUGACUCACUGCUAUCCUUCGGAACUCCCUGCCUGUUGGAAUCAAGCAGGCGCCUUCACUGUGCUCUUUUCCAGCACCUGCUGAAUGCGUUCUUGUUUAGAGAAGCCUGAGCAGAUGCUUAGAAAGUCGAGUUGAUUUUAAUCUGUUUUAGUGUGUUAACUUUGGCAUGCUUAAAAGUAGGUGAUUCCCCCCUCCUCUUUCCAUUUUGUAAACCGCUUUGAGGCUUUUUAUAAACUAGGUAAAGGUAAAGGGACCCCUGACCAUUAGGUCCAGUUGCGGACGACUCUGGGGUUGCGGCGCUCAUCUCGCUUUAUUGGCCGAGGGAACCGGUGUACAGCUUCCGGGUCAUAUGGCCAGCAGCAUGACUAAGCCGCUUCUGGCGAACCAGAGCAGCGCACGAAAACACCGUUUACCUUCCCGCUGGAGUGGUACCUGUUUAUCUACUUGCACUUUGACAUGCUUUCGAACUGCUAGGUUGGCAGGAGCAGGGACCGAGCAACAGGAGCUCACCCCAUCGCAGGGAUUAAAACCGCCAACCUUCUGAUUGGCAAGCCCUAGGCUCUGUGGUUUAGACCACAGCGCCACCCUUUUAUAAACUAAGCGGCGUAUAAAUGGAUUGAAUGAAUGAAUGAAUGUGCUGGCUUUGCCAAUCCCUUUGGUGCUUCUUGAGGAAAGUCCAGUGUGUGGAUAGUACUAAAUUAAAUGGACUAAUGGUGUAAGGCCUCUUACCUCUGUUUCCAUGGAACAGGUGAAUCUGAGAUUUAUUUUUAUUUUUUAAAUGCAUCUAAGGGUGGGAGGCAGAUAUUGGCAUUUCAGCUGUGAGGAAAGCAGCAAGCCGGGCCUGUUGUCCUCGAAAUGUUUUUCAGGAUAUUAAAUUUCUGUGUACAGCCUCUCAGACUCCCUUUCCUUGUUGCAUGAGGGGGGAAAGAGCAGGGAUACCCUGCGAAUGCUCUCUGAAUUCUCUAGGGAAGCUGAGGUGCAGGUCUGGCUGGGUAGAGGUGAGUCAUCCAUCUUCAGAUUGCGUCGUGGCAGCGAAACCGGCUUGGUUUUUUUAAUGUUUGAUGCUGUGCUUUAAUUUGUUGGAAGCCACCCAGAAGGGCUGGGGCAACUCAGUCAGAUGGGCGGCAUAUGAAUAAUAAAUUGCCACCGCCCUCAUCUGUAUGGUUGCCCUGUGGGUUCACAUAUAAAGCCAAAACGUUGGCACAGCUCCUUUGCGGAUCCUUUCUGGGCCCGCCAACCUCCUCUUUCAUUCCCCUUGAAAGAGUGCAAUCCAAACUCCUCAGAGCCCUUCUACAAGUUCCUAGAUGCUUUUCAGAUACAUGGGUCAGACUAGAAACAGGCAUGAUCCAAGUCGAAGCUCAUAUUAGUCUAACAUCAGUAUAUACUGUAUUUUUCGCUCCAUAAGACGCACCUGAUCAUAAGACGCACCUAGUUUUUAGAGGAGGAAAACAAGAAAAAAAUUUUCUGAAUGAAACAGUGGUUGUAUGAUUUUUGUGGUUCAUGCUGUGGCCACAGACAUGAUAUGUGAUUUGACGGUGAAUUUGGGGUAGCCCAAUGCAAAAAUCCUGAGGAUCCAUGUGGAUCCAUGCUUUGUAACCACGUUUUUGUGCCAUUGCGGCCCGACGAAACAGUGGAUGCAUGGUUUUCUUGGUGCAGGCUGUAGCCAUGGACAUGCUAUGUGAUCUGAUGGAGAAUUUGGGGUGACCCAAUGCAAAAAUCCUGAGGGUCCAUGUGCUUUUAACUCCCCCCUCCCAGGCAGCCUCCUUUAUCUCUAGAGUCCCUUAUCUCCUUCCCGAUCGCUUGCUGAUCGGCGGCUUUGUUUCAACACCCCCUUCCCUCUUUCUAAAAAUAAAAGCGCAAUCUGCUUUUUGCCCCUGGGCAAUUCGGCUCCAGGGACCACACAUUCACUCCAUAAGACGCACAGACAUUUCCCCUUACUUUUUAGGAGGAAAAAAGUGUGUCUUAUGGAGCGAAAAAUACGGUAAGCGGCUAACUCUGAAACUGCUUCCCCAAGGAAUAGCCCCAUUGAUUCUGAGCGACCAGUUUCAGUCUGGAUGGCACUCUUAAACACUCUUCAGAAACUGGGCCUUACUCCCCAAACCUUCAUAAUUAUGGGCCUGGGCCAAGCUAGAUUAGGCAAAGAAUCAUGGACAUAGAGAGACAACAGGACUGUACGAGGGUCCCCGAUUAUAAAAUCAAAGAAAACGGGAGAUACGUAGCCGCUCCAGCAACAUAUCUCUAUUUCCUCACAUCCAGAAACGCAAGAAGGGCUUUUCCUCUUGCUAGAAGCUCGACCUUGCCCUCACUGGUUCUGGAAGGCUCCUAUAGAAGAGUCCCGUACGCACAGAGACUUUGCACCUGCCUAUUAGGGGAAAUAGGAAGCCCCAAACAUAUAUUUUUUAAGAUGUCCUUUUUAUGUUGAGAUUCGUAGAGACACCAUGGAUCCCUUGCUGAAGAGGCUCUCCAAUCUUUCAGACAAGUCUAAACCGAAUCCUCUCCUCUUAGGCAAAGAUCACAAGACAACCUGGCUAGUAGCCAGAUUCUGCGACCAGAUUUGUAGGCACAGAUCAUCCUCUAGAAUAAAAUAGCUUACUAGGGAAAUGCUGAAGUCACCCUUCAAUUUUUUAUGGUAGCCCAAAUCUCAGUUGUACGGGUGUAUGUAUGUAUCUCAAUUUUAACUCAUGAGCUAUUGCUACAAUCUGCUCCGAUUGUAUAUUUUAUCUUUAUGAACGCUGUUUUUAUUGUGUUAUGUUAUGCGAGCUGGUCUUUGACCGUAAUAAAUUAUCUAUCUCUCUGUGGGUUCACAUAUUCUGGAAAGGAGGGAGGGUGAGAAACUUGGAUUCUCAGCUGCUGUGAAUGCUGCCAUCGUGAUCUCUCUGGGGCUUAUUUGGCUAGAUCAAACAUAGUGCACAGUCCACAGUGGGGACAUAGAUUUCUGGGCAGGAGCUGAUCACGGUGUGGAUUUGCCGAGCGUGUCUUCCUCCUUUUCUUCCUUACAUCCUGAAUUUGAGCGUCUUCAAAGUCCUUACAAAAUAAAAAAAAUUCCUUCCAGUAGCACCUUAGAGAUCAACUACCGUAUUUUUCGCCCUAUAGGACGCACUUUUUCCCCUCCAAAAAUGAAGGGGAAAUGUGUGUGCGUCCUAUGGGGCGAAUGCAGGCUUUCGCUGAAGCCUGGAGAGUGAGAGGGGUCGGUGCGCACUGACCCCUCUCGCUCUCCAGGCUUCAGGAAGCUCUGCGCAACCCUCGGGAGACCGACUCCGAGGGUUGCGCAGAGCUGCCUGCAGUCCCGGGCUCAGCGCAGCUCUGCGCGGCCACCGGGAGCCGGGCGCGAAGUCCCGCCCCGCUCCGGAUGGCGGCGCAGAGCUGCCUGCAGUCCCGGGAUCAGCGCAGCUCUGUGCGGCCAUCGGGAGCAGGGCGCGAAGUCCCGCCCCGCUCCGGAUGGCCGCGCAGAGCUGCCUGCCGUCCCGGGAUCAGCGCAGCUCUGUGCGGCCAUCGGGAGCAGGGCGCGAAGUCCCACCCCGCUCCGGAUGGCCGCGCAGAGCUGCCUGCAGUCCCAGGAUCAGCACACUUCUCCCCAUCGCCAGCCCCACAAGCUCGGGGGACAGCGGGGAGGCAGAGCGCACCUUCCCGCUGUUUCCCGACCUAGUUCUUCCAGCCCCACACCUGGGGGGGAAAUAAAAAUAUUUUUCUUUAUUUCCCCCCCAAAAAACUAGGUGCGCCCUAUGGGCCGGAGCGUCCUAUGGAGCGCAAAAUACGGUAACUGGGAAGGUGAGCUUGGGACUUCCUGCGUUCAAACCUGCAGCCCUUCCCUUCAGCUCUUGCCAAGAAUGCAGGAGCAGGUGGACUUUGUUAAGACGCCAUGUGGGGCUCCCGAGAUACGAGUAUCCCCUUGGGAUCACUCUACGCAGGUACGUUGCUCUUUAGCCCGGCGUUGUAAAUAAGCUCACCAGCAUGCAGAUUAUUUUAGCAGCUUGCAAAGUCUCCAUCUGCACCUUACAUUUAAAGCAGAAUCGUACUACUUUUCGCAUUCACGGCCUUCCCAAAAGACUCCCAGGAAGUUGGAACGGCAGUUUGUUAAAGGUGCCAAGAGUUAUUGGAGAUCCCUCUUUCCCUCAGAAAUCUAUGUUAACAGAGAAAUCUGAGGGCUCCCUUGGACAAAAAACAAGGACACCAGCCAGGAAUACCAGAGCAAAACAGCAGCCAGUAGGCUUGGUCUUUAUUGAAGACUGUCGCAACAGGACUCCCACCUGCCACCAGGUGGAACAAGAUGGAAGCCCCAAACAAAAGAGAACCCAAACUUUUAUUAGCUGCUAAUCCCCAUGUUACACCCUCCAAACUACAUUACUAAUACAUCAUGAAAGGGGAGGUCUGGUGGCAGGAAUCUGAGCAUCUUGGACCCUGCCCCAUGGUUCCCCUUGCCCUCCACCAAACACCCAUCAAGUGUAACAAAAGAGAUAUUUACAUUUCCUUGUUUCCCAGCCAAGUUAAUCACACCCUUUUGUCUUCAUCUGGGUUUGUUAUUUCUGGAAUAGCUACCUGUCUGGCACUCAGGUAUCAGGAUGCCAGGAAUUAUCACUCAGGCAGAGGGGCUGCUGAGCAGCUGAGCUCACAUGUCUAUAUGAAUUUCUGACCUUUUCCCAGUGAGCCAGUACAUAGAUAAAUGUAUCAGUGAAUUCUUACAUUUGGUAUCGUGCAGCAAAGGACCUUUGUAUAGUUAGGAAGAAACUGUGAUGAAGUGUUUUGUGGGGACAAAUCACAAAAGUGAUUCUGCUGAUUUUGGUAGUGGGCUGCAUGUGCAUGAUAUCUGCUGGAGGGGCAACCCCCCCCCAAACCCAUACAUAAAUUCCUGCAACAGCUACAGUUCCCAAAGUGAAUAGAAUAACAAAGUUGGAAGAGACUCCAAAGGUCAUCUAGCCUAACCGGCUGCCUUGCAGGAACCUCAACACGCGGUCCCCCAUCUAGUCUGAAACCAGACCGGACCCUGCUUAGCUUUGCAGGCGUACUAGCAGUUUUAUUCUUGCGCCACGAGCUUUGAACAUUCGGUCCCCUUUCCGCUCUGUGAGACGCAGCUCUCACAUUUAAGAAGUCAUUUUGAACUGACCCUUUAAAAGUGCUUGCGGCCAGGACGGCCCUGGUUUCUGUCGUGGCAGGUCAUGCUAUAAACUCUCUUGCCGUAGGGCGGAAGUGUGACCAGCAGUAAAAGUCCUCAUUUAGAAUAACUCUUGAUGUAGCUGGGUAGACAAAGCUGCUUUUAUGUUUGCAUGAAUGUGACUGCCUGCGAGGAUUGUUUGUGUUGAGUGUUGACACAGGAGCGGAUGAUGGCUCUUUCAAAAUAUGUUUAGGAGCUUGUAAACCUUUGCAGCUUGAGAUUGGACUAUAUAAGAAGGACCCCCCGGGAGGGAGAAGUUUCUGGGAUUCACAUAAGACUGGUCUGCUUCUUCUUACAUAGGUUGAUUCUUAGCCACGUUGCAUUGCAUAUAAAGUGACGUUAAUUCCUUCCAGGUCCUCGGUUUUUCCCCUCCUUGGAAAUGCAAUCGUUUUAUUGUUUUAACUCUUGGUUGUUGCCGUAAUUAGAAAAGGGUGUGAGGUUGUUGGAUUUUUUUUUUUAAAAAAGGAAAUGUAAAACAUUUAACAUGGCACAAAACCCUGGAUUCAAUCACUUCUUUUUGCCUGUCUGAUUGCCUUUCACUGCCGUCUCACAAACAAGUACACAUUUGGGUUUUGGAGCCUUAUAAAGACGCCAGCCAUCUUGGCAAGGCAGGGUCUGAAAUCUGAGCACAGCAAAGUCCUUGCAAAAGUACUGUAUUUUUCGCUUUAUAGGACGCACCUUGUUUUAGAGGGGGAGAACAAGAAAAAAAUUCUCCCCCUCUCUGCUCAGCGCCCCUUCAGCGAAGUGGCAGGAUAAACGGAGCCCCUUCUAUUUCUCCUCCCGCUUAGCUGAAGGGGCGCUGCGCAGCUCUCCCUCUCUGCUGAAGCUGGGAGAGUCUUGCUCUCCCGGCUUCAGCAAAAGGAACCCGAAGCCUUCGGAGUGCGGCGCGAGUUCCCGCUGUGCUCCAAAGGCUUCAGGUGGCAUCCCUGAAGCCUGGAGAGCGAGAGGGGUUGGUGCGCACCGACCCCUCUCGCUCUCCAGGCUUCAGCGAAAGCAACACGUAGCCUCCGGAGCAUGGAGGGAGAGCUCCCUCUGCGCUUCGGAGGCUUUGCGUUGCUAUCGCUGAAGCCAAGGAGCCUGCAUUCGCUCCAUAGGACGCACACACAUUUCCCCUUAAUUUUUGGAGGGGAAGAAGUGCGUCCUAUAGAGCGAAAAAUAAUUAGAAGGGUGCAAUCUUUUUCUUUGUUUUAUGUGUGGUUAGGGACGGAGUUUUCAAAUAUAACUUCUUCUUUCUUUCUUUCUUUCUUUCUUUCUUUCUUCGUUCCUUCCUUCCAUCCUUUCUCUCUCUCUCUCCCUCCCUUCUCCACUUCAAACACAGGGAAUUUCCAGGAUGUGGGAACCUGAUUACCUUUGCCCAAUUCUUCUUCAUAGCCAUCGAGGGUUUCAUCUUCGAAGCCAAUUUUGGACGGAAGCGGCCCACUAUCCCAAUCAGGUACAGCCACUCUCCUCAAGAUGGGAGCCAAGGUUAUGUGGGUCCGGUGAAACUUGGGGGAGCACAGAAUAUUCCCCAUCCCUGGCUUAUGGGUAUGUGUGUGUUCAUGGGGCCUGCUACAAAACUGGUUGCAGAGAUUGCGUACCAAGACCCCGCAACCACCGCCUCGUUGAAGAAUAAACACACAGGACACAAAUAUUAGGUUAAUGUUAUUGGGCAAAUUUUGGCCACAACUUUAUUGAUUACAAAAUGUGAGCAGUAUUGGCUUAGGCAUUGAAUCAACCCAAUCACAGUUGUACCUCGGGUUACAUACGCUUCAGGUUACAGACUCCACUAACCCAGAAAUAUUACCUCGGGUUAAGAACUUUGCUUCAGGAUGAGAACAUAAAUCGUGCUCUGGCGGUGUGGCAGCAGCAGGAGGCCCCAUUAGCUACAGUGGUUAAGAACGGACCUCUGGAACGAAUUAAGUACUUAACCUGAGGUACCACUGUGUAUCUGACUCCUGCCCGUUGCGCAGGGAGUCUGGUAAGGGUAAACCACCAGAAAGGGGAGCCCCGUUGAUGCAGACCAACUUGAGCUCCCUCAGGUAUUCCCGACGGGAUUGUGUCAUGGCCCUAGCCCUGCCCUGUGCUUCGGACAAGAUCCACACACCCCGGAUUCCUUUAACGGAAUACCCUUAAGCUUGGAGGGGCAGGUGAUGGUCACCCCUCCCCUCUCCCAUCAUAAGGUCAAACAAUUCCUAACCACCACAAGGCUCGCCGCCAAAUACCCUCACACCUAUAACCAAUGCCUGAAGCCCUCCCUCUGCAAAAUGGUCCCAGCUAUGCCCCCGCCAGUCAGCUGGAUUGGCCGGCUGGUCAGUGACGUGGCCGGGAUCCCCCGGGCAACGCGGGACUUCGUACCCCGCCCCGGAGGUGAGUGGGUGGCCACACGGUCCACCGCAACUGCUCCCCACAAUGAAGUGGAGCGGACUUGUGGAAGGAAGGCAUUCACUGCCAUCGACCCUGCCUGAACGUGUUCGAGUUGCAUCUAUUGCCUAUUGUUUGUCAUUUCUGGUGACGUUCAUAGUUCUGGAGCUCAGCAGGUUCAAGGGGGGACAGGAGGCGGGCGGGUGUGGAGGACUCCCUGGUCCUGAAUGGGGUAACUGUGCCCCUGAAGGACCAGGUGCACAGCCUGGGAGUCAUUUUGGACUCACAGCUGUCCAUGGGGGCGAAGGUCAGUUCUGUGUCCAGGGCAGCUGUUUACCAGCUCCAUCUGGUACGCAGGCUGAGACCCUCCCUGCCCGCAGACUGUCUCGCCAGAGUGGCGCAUGCUCUGGUUAUCUCUCUCUUGGACUACUGCAAUGCGUUCUAUGUGGGGCUACCUUUGAAGGUGACCCGGAAACUACAACUAAUCCAGAAUGCGGCAGCUAGGCUGGUGACUGGGAGCGGCCGCCGAGACCAUAUAACACCGGUCUUGAAAGACCUACACUGGCUCCCAGUACGUUUCUGAGCACAAUUCAAAGUGUUGGUGCUGACCUUUAAAGCCCUAAAUGGCCUUGGUCCAGUAUACCUGAAGGAGCAUCUCCACCCCCAUCAUUCUGCCCGGACACGGAGGUCCAGCUCUGAGGGCCUUCUGGCGGUUCCCUCACUGCGAGAAGCCAAGUUACAGGGAACCAGGCAGAGGGCCUUCUCGGUAGUGGCGCCCGCCCUGUGGAACGCCCUCCCACCAGAUGUCAAAGAGAAGAACAACUACCUGACAUUUAGAAGACAUCUGAGGGCAGCCCUGUUUAGGGAAGCUUUUAAUGUUUAAUAGGUUAUUGUAUUUUAGUGUUUUGUUGGAAGCCGCCCAGAGUGGCUGGGGAAACCCAGCCAGAUUGGUGGGGUAUAAAUAAUAAAUUAUUAUUAUUAUUAUUACUCCAUGCUGGGCUUACGGGGCAAAUCCCUUUGCGGUUCUCCUUCCAGGUACUACCUGAUCAUGGUGGCCAUGUUCUUCACGGUCAGCGUGGUGAAUAACUACGCCCUCAACUUGAACAUCGCGAUGCCUCUGCAUAUGAUAUUUAGAUCGGUGAGUCCUUUUGCUUUAUUUUAAUAUAUAAUAUUUAUUAAGUUUCCAUUUUAUCACAUUGAACCAACUCCUGGGCACAGCAGAAAGCAGGCAUCCCCAAACUCGGCCCUCCAGAUGUUUUGGGACUACAAUUCCCAUAAUCCCUGACCACUGGUCCUGUUAGCUAGGGAUGAUGGGAGUUGUAGUCCCAAAACAUAAGGAGGGCCAAGUUUGGGGGUGCCUGGUGUAAAGAAUCUGAUAUGUACCCCAAAUCUUCUUAUUUUUCUAUAAUUCAUUUAAACAGCCUUAAAAUAUCAAUGACUUCCCUUCUUCUCUUCCCAUGGUUCAUUUUGCAUAACAUAAAUCCCUGCAUAUUUUACAUAAACUAAACCAUUCAGGAUGCCAUCAUUACAUCCAUCCAAACUUAUUUACACUGUUAAAUUUAUCUUAAGGCUCCCAACGUUUUCAAGUGUACGCAAUUUCCCCCCAUAUAUUCAAUAAAUGUUUUCCAAUCUUCUUUAAACGUAUGUUCGUCCUGUUCUCUUAUUCUAUAUAUUAGGUCCGCAAGCUGUGCAUAUUCCAUCAAUUUAAGUUGCCAUUCUUCUUUAGUUGGGACCUCGUUCGUUUUCCAUUUUGUACCCAAAUCUUCCAAUCUGUUGUAAUAUAGCCCUCAUCAUCCCUGACCGUUGGCUGUUCUGGCUGGGGUUGAUGGGGAGUUGGAGCCCCACAACAUGUGGGGACCGCAGACUCCCCAUAGCUGCUCUUCAACAUAACAGUUGCCUGGCUAGAUCUUCACCUAGCCUGGCUCCCCUUUCAGCCAGUCCUAACAAUGUAUUUCAGGAGCGCUGCUAAUUAACAGCUGAAGAAAUUUAUGGAACAAAGGUCCUUAUUACGUUUGGCAAGGAUAAAUGCCGUGAGCUAUCUCGGUAUUGAGCAAUAAUGUUUAAUUUAAAAAAGAAACAUAAAGGAAUUCUGUGUGCUCUUUACACUUAGUUUGUUUUGUUUAACAAUAAAGCAAAAUUUAUUUAAAACUAAAAAGUGCCAAGUGCUGUUCUCAUAGGAACAGCAUUUCCCCAAGAUGUCGUUUGCAGGUGAUAUUAAUAGACAGGAUUGUAAGUUGUUUUUAUAUGCAAUGACGGCAGCAAGAAUAUUAUUGGCACAAAAAUGGAAGCAAGAUGAAAGAAGAAUGGCGGAUGAAAUUAAUGGACUAUGCAGAAUUAGAUAAAUUAACAGGAAGGAUUCGAAACCUGUGGGACCAGAGAUUCUUAGAAGACUGGAGUAAAUAUAUGAAUUAUUUGAAAAGCAAUUGUAAUGAACAGAUUACGCUAGUAGGACUGCAAGAAGUUCUGUAAGGAGGACUAUUUGAAAUGUCGCAAGAAAGACUAUGAAGAGAAUUAUGAGUUAAUGAUAAUUAAGAGUAAAGGAAAAAUUAAGAAAUUCAGAAUAAGUGGUAAAGAACGGAAAAUCAUCAGAGGUUGUUGAUGGAAGUCUAAAAUAUUGUAUAAGAUAAGAAGUUAUGUUAAAUGAUUGUUGGAACCAGGCAGAGGGCCUUCUUGGUAGUGGCGCCCGCCCUGUGGAACGCCCUCCCACCAGGUGUCAAAGAGGAAAACAACUACCAAACUUUUAGAAGACAUCUAAAGGCAGCCCUGUUUAGGGAAGCUUUUAAUGUUUAAUAGGUUAUUGUAUUUUAGUGUUUUGUUGGAAGCCGCCCAGAGUGGCUGGGGAAACCCAGCCAGAUGGGUGGGGUAUAAAUAAUAAAUUAUUAUUAUUAUUAUUAUCAAUAAUUACUAUUACUAUUAUUUUUUAAAAACCCCAAUAAAAAUGUGUGUGUGUGUAUAAAUAUAUAUAGAGAGAGAUAUCGUUUGCAGAAGUCCCCUAGAGAGGUGCAAUAUAUAAAAUGGUAGAGUUGGAAGGGACCCCAAGCGGUUAUCUAGUCCAACCCCCUGCAAUGCAGGAAUCACAGGUGCAGAAUCCUUGACAGGUGUCCAUCCAACCCCUGCUUAGAAACCUCUGACAGGGUCCACCAAUUCGUCUUGUACCUCCGAUACCCCAGGGCCUUGCCAUAUACAAACCCUUCACCUGAAACCUCCUCACCUGUCUAUAAUCACUGACAUCAUUUUAGCUCUUAUUCAGUGUUAACCCACUUGGCUUUUUCCUUCUUUCCAUGACCCUCUCCGGCUGUCUGGCCUCUUCAGGGAUCUCUGAUAGCAAACAUGGCUCUGGGCAUCAUCAUUCUGAAGAAAAGGUACGUCUUCUUUAUUUUGCUGGGGCUGAGAAUAGUCCAGAGUUGAGGUAGCGGACGGGAUGGCAAGGGAAGUUGGCGUGCUCUCUUUCGCCCACUAGUGGCUGACCCACAAAUGGGACCAUGGGUUGUUUCUUCUGGCCUUUCAAAAGACAGGUGGCUAAUCGGUUGCAACUCUUAAGGCACCAUCUUCCUUAUCUUGUACCUACAGGACCGCCUCUCCUGGUAUGUCCCACGGAGGACCUUACGGUCCUCAAACAAAAACAUCUUGGAGGUCCUGGGCCACAGGGAGGUUAGGCUGGCCUCAACCAGAGCCAGGGCUUUUUCAGCUGUGGCCCCGACUUGGUGGAACGCUCUGUCACAAGAGACCAGGGCCCUGCGGGACUUGACAUCUUUCCGCAGGGCCUGCAAGACGGAGCUGUUCCACCAGGCCUUUGGCCAAGGCACAGCCUGACCCCCUCCUUUGGCAAUCCUCAUAGCACUCUAGCCCAAUGGUUGCCAUUAAUUUGAUUCUGAAUUGAUUUUAGAAUGCUGUGUUACUUUUAUUGUUGUUAGCCGCUCUGAGCCCGGCUUCGGCUGGGGAGGGUGGGAUAUAAAUAAAAUUUGUUGUUGUUGUUGUUGUUAUCUGGCACAAUUCAGCACGGCCAGCAGUUUGGGAUGAUGGGAUUUGUCGUCUCAACAACAUUAGGAGGGCACCGGGUUGGGGAAGGCAGUCCAAGAGGGUUGGACUGGAUGACUGCUGGGGUCCCUUCCAGCUCUUGUGAUUCUGUGAGAUGGUGAGUGUGUGUGCAUGCCAGUCAGUCAGUUUUAUUGCACAUAGCCAAAGGCUGCCGCAAUGUACACAGAAUCAUUCAGCAAUUAAAAGAAAAUAUACUGGAUUAAUACAAAAAACUUAAAACAUUUAUACUACCAAGACGUUACUUACUCUAAACAGAGCUAUAAAAGUACCUUAAUAUACAAGUUAAGACAUUAAAACAAUAAAAUUUAUAAGCUAAAAUUAUCACAUGGCCACUGAUAGAUUAAAAAACAAUGUUAAUUAAUACAAUGUGCAAUUAUAUUCGGAGUUUGGUGAUAAAGAUAGAAUAUAGCUUGAUGUAGAUAGGGUCAAAUAAGUUCAUCUCCUUUGCAGUUGGUGGCUACCUUGGCUAUAUAAUUUGCUCUAAUUUUCCUAGCGGCAGUUGCAAAGAGUGCUACACGCCAGGUCCCAUACUUAUCUGUGUCAGCGAGGAGAUAUAAAAUCAUGUCAGAAGGGUUGUGGCCAGGGGACCUUGUCAUUGCUUUGGUUAUGUGAUAUCUACGAACCAUGAGGACUAGGAGAAUGCAUUUUAUCCUUCCUCUUCUGGCUUACUAGCUGGAAGCCGAGAUCCUCAAGGCAUUGCCAGAGCUGCCGGGUUCUGCCGCGGAAGCCCAGUCUAUGCAAUGAUUACAUUAACACAGCAACAAAGGGCAUCGUUCCCUGUAAGGUGGGCUUCCUGCACGGCCCUGGUUCUCCUGAAACCCUCCCUAUCCUCCACCUGUACAGGUACACCAUCUCCAAAUACACCUCCAUAGCUCUGGUGUCUCUGGGAAUCUUCACCUGCACCUUCAUGUCAGCAAAGCAAGUGGUAAGGACUGCUGCGUUUCCUCCUCCUUCGCCAUAGCUGUGUGACCACCAGCACUUCCUCUUCCUCUUGUACGCAAAUCGCUGUUGGAAAGAGCGCAGUUCAGUUCCUUGGCUUAAAAGCAGGGUAUUCCCUCUCUAAAGCAGGAAUGACGAAAGGAUGGGCCAUAUCUGGCGUCCGCCGGAUUCCUUGUGGCACCAGGGAUGGGCAGCUGGCGGCCUGUGGGCCUUGAAGCAGUUUUAUCUGGCCCCUGUGGCCUUAGCUGGUUGUCUUGCCAGUUUGCUAUGCGCAGGACUGAUUGGCCAGCGUCUGAGCCGUCACUAACUCGCCCCGCCCCUUUGGGGUGCUUCCCCACCGCUACCACCUUUUAAAACAUGGAUUAUGUAUGGAAAAACGUUUGCCCACUUGUAAGGAAAAGCGGGAAAGAGAUUAUAUAUAAAGGAAUAGAGUCCUUGGUUAUCUUUAGGUUUUGUGCAUCACGUCCCUUGAUGCUCAAACACAUGUGUUUCAUAGCUGUGAAUCCCACACACCUAAGGUAGCGUUGGCUGUGUUUUAGAGCCUGUUGCUAAGGUUCUCUGGUUCUGCGGCAAAAUACAUUUCCCUUCCCCAAGUUGUCUGUCCCUGAGUUGAAGGUUGUCUCCCAUUUCAGAGGAAGGCUGGCCGCAAGCCUAGCAGGAUUUGGUAGGAAUGUUUUCUUAUUUGAGUGCACAGGUUGAAUUUCUCUCUCUCUUUCCCACUUCUGCGUCCUUAGAGUUCUAUGUCAAGCCCAAGUGAAGAUGAAGAGAACGUCUCUGCUUUCAUCUGGUGGCUGCUAGGUCUGUAACUGCUAAUACUUUUAUGGUUGUGUUAGUACUGGCUUGCCAUUCAACAAAAAAAGCCCAAUGUGCAUAGCACUGAUUGACCAGCGCUUGGGAUGUGGCAACCCUACACCUCUCCCUUCUUUUUAAAUGGCUUUUCCACCUUGUCUUUAAAUAACAUGAAAAACAAAUGGUCCAAGCUGUUUGCCAUUUAAUGUGGGAUGAGUAAAAAUCGCCUCUAUGUUACUAAGAUGGAAAGAUAAAUGGGUAUAGUUUUUUAUCUCUCUUAUGGCACAAACGACUAACAUGUGCAGACAGGAGGCUAGAAAACCUUUUCCUGGGCUCUGUUUCUAGAGUCCCUCCAGAAGUUUUGAGCCAUAACUCACAUCAGCCCCAGCUGCCCAAAAUAUCUAGAUGGCACCAGGAUACAGGAGCGGGAUUUUUAUUGUUUUGGCAAAGUUGUUCCAAUUCGGAGGCUGCUUGGCUCGGAACAAGGUGUGAUGCACCGGAGUGGAAUCCAGACUCCAAGCCAAACUCCGUAGCCUGACUCACCUGUACAGACCCUUUGCAGAUAUUGCGUAAUGUUAAGGAGUGUUCAGACAUUCCCAUAAAUGAAGUUGCCUGAAGCUUUUCCCCCCUUCCAUGGAUCAAGCCCUCAUUUUAUCUCCCCACCUUCAUCAUGGAUUCGACAGAUGCGCUGAUUCACUCACCUGUCUCGUUCCUUUCGGCAGGCUUCUCCCUUCGACUGUCUUGCCUUUAAUUAACCACAUAAUUGCAACACUUAUUGGCAGAGAUGCUGCCUUUACACUUUAAGUAUACCUUCAGUAUACCUGAAGGAGUGUCUCCAUCCCCAUCGUUCUGCCUGGACACUGAGGUCCAGCUCCGAGGGCCUUCUGGCAGUUCCCUCCCUGCGAGAAGCGAGGUUACAGGGAACCAGGCAGAGGGCCUUCUCGGUGGUGGCACCCGCCCUGUGGAACGCCCUCCCUUCAGAUGUCAAGGAAAUAAACAACUACAGUGGUACCUCAGGUUAAGAACUUACUGCAUUUUUGCUCUAUAAGAUGCACCCAGUUUUAGAGGAGGAGAACAAGAAAAAAAGUGUUCUCUCCCUCUCUGCUCAGCGCCUCUCCAGCAAAGCGGGAGGAGAAAUGGAAGGGGCUUUGUUUCUCCUCCCACUUCGCUGCAGGGGCGCUGCACAGCUUUCCCUCUCUUACGCAGUGCCCCUUCAGAUCCCUCUUGCUCUCCUGGCUUCAGUGAAAGCUGCGCAGCCUGCAUUCGCUCCAUAAGACGCACACACAUUUCCCCUUACUUUUAGGAGGGGAAAAGUGCGUCUUAUAGAGCGAAAAAUACAGUAAUUCAUUCUGGAGAGCCGUUCUUAACCUGAAGCACCACUUUAGCUAAUGGCACCUCCGCUGCCGUGCGAUUUCUGUUCUCAUCCUGAAGCAAAGUUCUUAACCCGAGGUACUAUUUCUGGGUUAGUGGAGUCUGUAACCUGAAGCAUAUGUAACCCGAGGUACCACUGUAUCUGACUUUUAGAAGACAUCUGAAGGCAGCCCUGUUUAGGGAAGUUUUAAACGUUUGAUGUUUUGUCGUGUUUUUAAUAUUCUGUUGGGCACCACCCAGAGUGGCUGAAGAAACCCAGCUAGAUGGGCGGAGUAUAAAUGAUACAUUAUUAUUAUUCUAAUAAAUUAGUAUUAAGAGAAAAGCACCGUAUGCAGUUAAGCCCAGCCUGUUCACCCCACUGUUGUGUUUGCAGGUAUCCUCGCGCUGACCUUUGCUCUUCUCAUGUCGGCCCGGAUGGGGAUAUUCCAAGAGACCCUCUAUAAGAGAUUUGGCAAGCACUCCAAGGAAGCACUCUUCUACAACGUAAGUCUCUGUGGUCCAGAUCGACUUCAUUCCUUUCUUGAUAGAAGGUAAACCGGACAAAUCCACCCAGGCGUUGGACGUGGGACGAUGAAGUUCAGGGAAAGUUAGACAUUCGGUUUAAACCAGUGCAGUUUGGAGCAGUUGGUACCCAAACUUUCUCUGCCCACCAUAAGCGCAUUCCCAGUGCCCCCUACCCUAUAAAAAAGUGGUAUUCAGAAUAGUGCUUUUACGCAAUCCACUCCGAAAGAUAACAACACAAUAAAAUUCGAAAUUAUUUGCACGUUUGUUCAAAAUCCAAGGAAAACUGUUUUGCUUAUUCAUGACCAAAUGAUACCAGGUUUUCAAAGUCUGAUAGUCAUUUACAUCUCUGCUGCCCCCCUGCCCCCCCUUUCCUCUUAGGGCCCCCCACCCCGGUAUUUCCCACCCCCAGGAGAUGGUACCAUCCCCUUUGGGAACCACUGAUUCGUGUGUGUCAGGCUUCCUCAACCUCGGCCCUCCAGAUGUUUUGGGACUACAAUUCCCAUCAUCCCUGACCGCUGGUCCUGCUAGCUAGGGAUCAUGGGAGUUGUAGUCCCAAAACAUAGGGAGGGCCGAGAUUGAGGAAGCCUGGCGUGUGUGCUGCAACAGCCUGUGUAGACCCACUUUGUGCAUUCAGCAGACUGAAACAGGAAUGCACAAGCUCAGGCUAUUGGAGGGGCAACAGGGUGUGUUUCAUGUCUAAACGUCGUUUCGUGGCGAUGGGAUGCCCUGUCCGUUGCAAAACAGCUUCCUGCAGUCAUCCGUGAAGCUUCUGCCUUCUAGCACAGGCCCAGUUCAGAUGCAAUGCUUAGCUAAACCGUGGCUUGACAGAAACAUGCAGGCUCCAAGUGAGAAGGCUGUGGUUCCUCCAGUCUUCUUGCUCCUGUGCUGCUUUGAGCUAGGCCACAUUUUGGCUUGGCAUUGCACCCAAACCAAGACUUGUGGUUUGGGGUGAAGCACACCUCUGGGCCAAGAAAAUAAAUACAACCCAGGUGGUUAAGAAAGCCCAACAGAGACUCCAUCUCCUCGGAGUAUUGUGAAAGAACGAUGUCAAUCAACAUUUGAUGAUCUCCUUCUACCGGUCCACAAUAGAAAGUGUCCUUUCCUACUGCAUCACGGUGUGGGACGCUGGUUUGACAUCAACUGUGCCUGCAGAGGGUGGUGAAUACAGCACAAUAUAUUAUGGGCUGUCCCGUGAAUCCACUGGAUGAAAUAGCGGAAGAACGUUGCCUCAGGAGAGUGAGGAAAAUUCUCAGGGAUGAUUCACACCCUGGCCGGCACUUUCUUGGUCUCCUGCCCUCGGGCAGAAGAUAUAGAAGCAGGAUUAGUCGCACCAACAGGGUAAAGAACAGCUUCUGUCCGUGGGCUGUCAGGGCAACUGACUUUCGGGUUUGGUAGGUGUGCGUCCGUAAACGAGGGGAAUUUAGACUAAGAGAGCUGAGUGGGGGGUGCUCGUGUAAUCUCACUAUGUACUGUACAAGUGACAAUAAAGUAUUUCAAUUUCAAUUCAGUUCAAGAGCUAAGCUGCCUCUGGUGUGUCUUAAAAGCCAUUCUUAAAAACAAGUCAUCCACACAAUUCCAUGUUUACAUGCUCUUCCGUUCCUCCACAGCUCUUAGAAUGGUCGGCCGAUCGUUUGUUAUUAUGAUUAUUUAUUAAAUUUAUAUGCCACCCUUCAUCGUAAGAUCUCAGGACAGUUUGCAGAGUAAAAUACAAGGAAAUUAAGAUUCAGUGCUUGGCAGCCAGUGUGGUGUUGAACUUGUAUCCCGAAGAACCAGGUUCAAACUCCCACUCAGCCAUGAAGCUCACCGGGUGACCAGUCCCUGUCUCUUAGCUUAGCCUACCUCACAGGGUUGUUGUGAGGCUAAAAUGGGGAGAGGGAGAACCCUGUGCACCAAAACCUGAGCUCCUUAGAGGAAAGGCAGGAAGCAAUUGGAAUAAUAAGUAAAUAGUUUAUUUUUUUAAAAGGAAAUGCUGGUUAUAAUAAUAAUAAUAAUUUAUUAUUUAUACCCCGCCCAUCUGGCUGAGUUUCCCUAGCCACUCUGGGCGGCUCCCAGUCGAGUGUUAAAAACAAUACAGCAUUAAAUAUUAAAAACUUCCCUAAAGAGGGCUGCCUUCAGAUGUCUUCUAAAAGUCUGGUAGUUGUUCUUCUCUUUGACAUCUGGUGGGAGGGCGUUCCACAGGGCGGGUGCCACUACUGAGAAGGCCCUCUGCCUGGUUCCCUGUAACCUCACUUCUCGCAAUGAGGGAACCGCCAGAAGGCCCUCGGCGCUGGAUCUCGGUGGUUAUUCUGUUAGUGCACAAGUCUUGUCCCUUUUUCCUCUGGGGCAUCUCUCUCAAGGUCUUCUUUCCUCCUCACAGCACGCCCUCCCCAUCCCAGGUUUCCUGCUUCUGGCUCCUGACAUCUACAGACACGCCCUUCUCUUCAGCCAAUCUGGUAAGCUGGGCGCAUUUCUCAAUAUUGCUUCUGGACAGCUUCCUGCUAUCGGCCAGGAAACAAAUUCAGCUCUGCAGGGUGAAGCCAGUGUCCCGUCUAUUCCGGAAUCCUGCUCUUACAUAAUCCCGCCCAUUAUGGGAAACCCAUAAGCAGGGCCUGAGCACAACAGCAGACUCGCCAACCUAUAAUGCCCAGAAAUUUAUAUUCAGAGCCAUACUGUCUCCAAUAUGGAGUGCGGCUAUUGUGGCUGGCUGCCAUGGACAGCCUAGCAGCAGUUGCCCAUCCUUACCUCGCUCCGUAAGCUCUCCAGUUACCAGAGAUGACGUUCUCGCAGUGUGUGCCUUACAUGGAGAGGAGGACGUGUUGCCUUAGGCCACAUUCGCACCAGGCAUUCAAAGCAGCUUUCGUACCACUUUGUCAUGGCUUCUCCCAAAGAAUUCUGGGAGCUGUACAGUGGUACCUUGGGUUAAGAACUUAAUUCGUCCUGGAGGUCCGUUUUUAACCUGAAACUGUUCUUAACCUGAAGCACCACUUUAGCUAAUGGGGCCUCCCGCUGUCGCCGCGCCGCCAGGGCACAGUUUCUUUUCUCUUCCUGAAGCAAAGUUCUUAACCCGAGGUACUAUUUCUGGGUUAGCGGAGUCUGUAACCUGAAGCGUCUCUAACCCGAGGUACCAUUGUACUUUGUUCAGGGUACUGGGAGCUGUAUGGAGGCCCCUGUUCUUCUCCCACCCAACUACCAUUCUCUUGUAGUGAAGGAAUGUGGCAGUGGCAUAGCGUGGGUUGCCAGUGCCCGGGGCUGUGCGAACCGGGGUGGGAGGGAGGGAAACAGAUGGAGUAUGCAUGCGCAUUCAACUGCCCUAAUGGCGUCUGCGUCAUUGCAGCUGCACAGAUAAGAAGAGUCAUUCCGUUGUCUGGAGAGGUUGCUCCCUGGUUUGCAUGGAGCCCAGUGACGGAAGCGUACAGUUGUAUUGAGGCAGUGCCGGGUGCUGAAACUUUGCGCCCCUAACAAUUUUGCACCCGGGGCAGCUGCCCCAGUGUCCCCGCACUCGCUAUACCGCUGGAAUAGGUUGUCUCUGCCUGGCAGGAAGUAGUAUUUUUUUUAGAGAAUAUGCCUGGAGCUGGGACAACCCUAUUUUCUGCCCACUCCAGUGCAGGUCGUUUUGUCAAGGUCAGGCAUAGGCAAACUCGGCCCUCCAGAUGUUUUGGGACUACAACCCCCAUCAUCCCUGGCCACUGGUCCUGUUAGCUAGGGAUGAUGGGAGUUGUAGUCCCAAAACAUCUGGAGGGCUGAGUUUGCCUAUGCUUGCUCAAGGCACAGAAAAAGAUGGGAACACCAUCUUGGAAGUGGUGUUUCAUUUUACUCGCUUUUGUCUGUUUGAUCCUGGGAGGAUAAGGGGUGUGUGGCUCUGUAGAAUACAACUUCCUGUGCUCACAUCAGUCUGGAUAAUGUGCCUGUUUUUAAUCCAAGAUUUUCCUGAUGAUGUCAUCGGCGCACUGCUGGCUUGGGUGGGUUUAAAUGACCAGGGCUCAAUUCUGAUCUGCGUCUUUUUCCGUGUCCUUGACAUUUGGGCCACGAGUGGCUCAGCGUGGGACAAGUCCAGCAGUGCCUUGGCUGGGAUGGGCUUUUCUCAUCACCUAGGCAACCUCACCUGAGACACACCUGUCUGGGCUUUGGGAACAUGGACCUCUCCCAACGACACGCUUGCCAUUUUUACUGCUCUCACCUUCACUGCUGCUUUUAGUUUGGGGUUGGGAUCUGGGUUCGGUUUGCAUUUUUUUGGAGUAAAGCAUAACCAGUGUUAUGAAGGCCACAGGCGCGAGACUGAAGUGAAUCAGAUCAGCUCUGAGUCCCACAUUGUAGGGGGUUGGAAAAAGUGACCCUCCACUAUAAUUCUGUGAUUCUAUGAAAUCAUGCUUUGAUGCAUGAUACCAUAUAAAAAUAAUACGAAUUUUGAAGAAGGAGAAAAGGGGGUUACUGACAACACCAUCUGUUAAGAAACGGAUAAGAAAGAUGUGGGAGUUACUGUCUAAAUUAACUGAUUGUGUAAUAUUUAAGGGGGGAAAGACAGUAACCCAAUAAACGUAUCCUGUGUAACAAGACACACAGGUUGUUGCCUAAGUCAGGCUGUGGCUUUACAACGUACUGAAAAUUUGAACAUGAGCUUGUCAAGUGAGGUAGAAUUUUGUCUGGUUUUUAAAGUUAUUUGUAUAUGUACGUAAUUAUCUUUUUGUUGUUGUUUUUAGUAGAUCCGUGAAGGACUCUAGGUAGAUUAAUGUGUUUCCCAAACUUGUGUCUCCAGCUGUUUUUAGACUACAACUCCCAUCAUCCCUAGGGUCCAGGACCCAGUGGUCAGGGAUCAGAAACAGCUGGAGAUCUAAGUUUGGGAAGCACUGGUGUAUAUGUAUGUAAGCAAUAUCUGUGUACACUAUGACAGAGAUCCAGGUUUUUCAGAAUUCCUGUGCAUUUCUGGUCUUAAGAGUUUGUGCAUUUUGAUUUUCAAAAUAAUACAUACACACACACACUCAGGUACCUCAGGUUACAUACGCUUCAGGUUACACACUCCACUAAGCCAGAAAUAGUGCUUCAGGUUAAGAACUUUGCUUCAGGAUAAGAACAGAAAUCAUGCUCCGGCAGCGCGGCAGCAGCAGGAGGCUCCAUUAGCUAAAGUGGUGCUUCAGGUUAGGAACAGUUUCAGGUUAAGAACAGACCUCCAGAUCGAAUUAAGUACUUAACCCGAGGUACCACUGUGUGUGUGUGUGUGUGUGUGUGUGUGUGUGUGUAUUAGGAGACCCCCUAGUCCCCUCCCAGAGUUAAAAUCCCCAGAAUUCCUUAUGAAGAGAGACAGUGAUUGUUCAACCACGCUGACAAUUGUCGUUGUGGGAGGUGAGCAAGCAUCGCCUGACCUAAUAGCUUCCACUACUAUAGAUUUUCCUAGAAAUGGCAGGAGAUCUAUGAAGCUGUGCAUUUGCGUGUCUCUCUCAGUCACGGAGUUGCCUUCUGCUGAGUCAGACCUUUGGUGAAACCGAAGCCUGCAGAGAAACGACCAGAGGGUCUCUAUGAAUUCACAAGACCGGUUCUUUCUAAAGCAAGAUGGGCAGCUGAGAAGAACAAUAUCCUUCUUGGUCUGUUUCCUGGCUUCUAGGAAACACUUGCUGUGGAAUCAUAAACUAGAUGGGGAACCUUUGGCCCUCCAGGCAAUACUGGACUACAAGUCCCAUCAUCCCUGACCGUCGGCCAUGCUGGCUGGGGUUGAUGGGAGUUGUGGUCCUACAAUAUCUGGAGGGUUACAGGCUCUCCAUCUUUGGAUGAGAUGAAUCCUUGGGGGCAUCUGCUGCUGGGAUGGUUGAUGAGAUGUGUCCUUGGUCAGAUCCAGUGGAAACCUUGUUUUAGAAUGGUACAUUUCAGUGCACCUAAGAGCAACACCUGGAGGGAGAUAGGCAGUCUGGUGAGCUUGUCCCUCCAAAGCCGGCUACGGAUCCCUCACCUUUCUUUUUCUUCCUUACUUUGCAGAACCGUUCCAAGUCCCAGUUAUUGGGCUCACGUUGCCCAUAAUGUGGUUCUACCUCAUCAUGAACAUCAUAACUCAGUAUCCUUUUUGGAACAGGUUCAGCGGGUGAUGGGCUUAACCUUCUCUAAGGCUGGUGCAUGGGUUGUCUGAAUGUUGCAUCUCGUCUAGAAAACUAAAGUUUGUUUGUUUGUUGCUUGCCCCUUCCUUGAACAUUUUCAAUCCCAGAGCGGGGAGCAAAGUAGUAAAAAUAAAUAAAUGGAGGAAAGCAAUAUACAAAAACAGCAAUAUCAUAUACACGACUAAUAAGGAACUUCCCAAUCUAGCAGUUCGAAAGCACGCCAGUGCAAGUAGAUAAAUAGGUACUGCUGCAACGGCGUUUCUGUGCGCUCUGACUUCUGUCAAGGUGUCCCAUUGUGCCAGAAGCGGUUUAGUCCUGCUGGCCACAUGACCCAGAAAGCUGUCUGUGGAAAAAAGGCCGGCUCCCUUGGCCUGAAGCGAGAUGAGCGCCGCAACCCCGUAGUCGCCUUUGACUGGACUUAACUGUCCAGGGGUCCUUUACUUUUUUACCUUUUUACAGACCAUGUACAGUAAUACCUCCACCAUGGCGACCAUCCAUUUGGCGAAUGUCGGCAGCAAACCCUUUACUUCCAGGUUUGCCGCUUGCACAUGCGCAGAAGCACUAAAUCGCGCUUCACACAUACGGAGAAACACAAACCGCUCCGCGCACGUGCGCAGAGCAGCACUUUGUCGAGCAUCCCUUUCGUUGAGCGUCUGGGGUUCUGGAGCGGAUCCUGGACUCAAAACAAGGUACCAAUCCAAAAACGCUCAACCUGAAGCAACUUUAACCCGAGGAAUGACUGUAUGUUGUCUUUGCAAUUCUGACAACUUUGGGAGCAUUCAAGAUAACCAUUAUUACCAAAGAACUAUCCAUGUCUAUAGGGGGGGACGUGUCUGUGCCCUUUCGUGCAGCCAACAAACUCUCGUUUCCAGUCCAAAGAAGAAUUCCCUCACCAAAGGCCACAUCCUCACCAAAAUAUAUCUAUUUUCCCCUUUUAUUUAAAUACGUGGCUGUGCCUAUGCAGCCCUCUUAUUUGCUCGCUGGCUUCAAAGCUUGUAUCCCUUCGUUUCUUCUCUUGCGUUCUCCCCAUCUUAACUCCUCCCUCAGAUAUGUUUGCAUCCGGGGCGUCUUCAUCCUGACCACAGAGUGCACCUCCCUGACGGUCACACUGGUGGUGACCCUGAGGAAGUUCAUCAGCCUCAUCUUCUCCAUCCUGUACUUCAGGAACCCCUUCACUGCCUGGCACUGGAUCGGGACCCUCUUUGUCUUCGUGGGGACUUUGAUGUACACAGAAGUGUGGAACAAUCUGGGGCCUCUGCUGGACCGGAAGCAGAAGAAACAGGAGGAGAAGCAGGAGUGACGGCCGAUGUCCCUGGCUGGGAAAGCGGAUGUCUUCUCCACUGAACCACAGAGAACCACGGUUUUCAUUCGCGUUUACUCUAUAUGGUGCCGAGCAACAGAAGAUUCCCUUCUCAUGGAAGCGAGGGGUUGAUUUUUGUAAUACAAAAAUAACUGGUUUUGGCUAUGCCAAGCGGAUGAAUGGAUUCCCUGGAAUGGGGAAAUCCCCUUUUAUUUUAUUUUAUUUUAUUUUUUUGUCUGGCUGCUGAGGUAACAAACUGAGCUUGGGUGAGGUGAGGCCUGCCACCAUUCUACGAGAUGGGCCUGUGUGUUGUGGUGCCAGCUGCAUGUCUGACGAGACGCCGUGCGAUUCACACAAAGCGCAAAUUCUGGGUUGAGAGGCCUCCGUUCAUCUUGUAGCCCCAGUUGCCAUGUUGAAACGCCCAAACAGCAAAGAGGAAGGAAGGCCAAAUGGUCACGUCCCAGAGAUUUAACACGGGGAAGUCACCACGAGGUGACUUUCAAUACCUGUGUGUGAUUCUUUGUUUGGAACUGAGCCUCACGGAGUGCGGAGUGGCGUUCCACACACCAGUUCAAGCUCUCAGUUUGAGGCUUACAUGCAUGGCGGUGGAUAACCUCUCUUGCAGCAAGAUAAAGAGUGAGAUUUUUGUCAGACCAGCUCCAGGUUUGACGGUGAGACCCCCGUUCUAGCUGGGUGGCUUCUCAUGGUGGGCUGCAGCCACAGCAGCACCCCAAAUCGGGACACGGCCACAGCAAGCCACCAUUAACAUUUCCCACAGUGCCUCUGACAUAGCAUCUCUCUGGGGCAUUGUGGGAAAUAAAACUGGAAGCUCCCGGAGCCAGCUGCUUUUUUAAAGGAGGGUUCAAGGCAUGCUUUGGAGGUUAUCCCUGCCAGAGUUCUGGGACCUGCCCGACUCUGCCCCCUCGUAUUGCUGCUUUGUGCCCUGCCGACGCUGGCCCUGCCUUUCUCCUCAGUAAACAAGUGGCACAUAGGCUUGGCUCACAUGUAACAACAAACCAUGGUUUGCCAUUGUGUGAAAGAGCCUUGUUCGCCUGCCUCCUCUCAAUGCACUCCAGUUGCACCCCGUGCUUCCUCUUAAUGUGGCAAAUGGAUUGCACAUCAGAAAUUUGAAACCGCAGUCUAGCUGGUUUCCUGUUCUGGUUUUCAGGCAAACUCAUGACAAAAGGGGGGGGGGAGAAACUGCCCACAAAACUAUUUUAUACAAAGUUCUUUCUUUUUCUUUGUAAAAACAUUUUUUGCAAAACAGCUUGAUGAUUUUGUUUCCUAUUUAUUAGCCCCAGACUUUGGAAAUGCAUUGUACUUCGCUGUCUCGUUUCCUAUGCAUCUUGUUUGCUAUAUUUGUAUAUUCCCUUGCCUAAAAGGGAAGGUUUUGUUCUGAAACAUGUCAGGCCUGGAAUAAAUAUUAUUUCAAGCACCUGACAUUUUGCUGCAGCCCCCCUGCUUUUUUUAAAAAAAGGAAGCAGGAAGAAAAUCUUAGCCCAUGUGGGAAAGAGGGAAUAUAUAAGCCUUGGGUUUCAUUCAUGUAGCGCCAAACCAUAGUUUACCCAAACGCUUGCUGGGACGAGUUUGUCUUGCAGGGUAACUGGACACCAUAAAGUUUUGAACAACCAGGCCUUCCUCAGGGGAGCAGCCAGAGAUGUGUGAUAAGCUUGGAAUGUGGGAAAAUGCACAUUUACUGGUUUUUAAAAAGAAAUGGUUAUCCAGCUUGUUUUAACAAGCAAAGAUGGCAGCAGGAAGGGGCUAGCACAGGAGAGGGAACUUGCUGGACCACCAGAUGUUGCCAGACUACAGCCCUGGCUGGGACUGAACAUCUGGAAAGCUGCAAUAUUAGCCCUCCCUGGGUUAGUCAGACUUUAAUGCAGAACAUCCCCCCAAAACUACAUUUCUCAGAACCUUUCGUAACAGUUUGCAGCAUGAAUGUGCUCAGAAGACUGAUCUUGGGCAAAAGCGAGGCUGUGGAGGCCCAAUCCAGUGUUAGAGUAGCAGUUUACAUCCACACCAUGCAUCUAGAACAAACUUAUGCCACUUUGACAGCCAUGGCUUCCCUCAAGGAAACUUGGGAACUGUGGUUUGUUAUGGUGCUGGGAGUUGUUAGGGAUCCCCCCCCCCCCAGUCAUAGCUGUCAACGUUUCCCAUUUUUUAAGGGAAAUUCCCUUAUUCCGAAUAGGAUUCCUCACAAGAAAAGGGAAAAGUUGACAGCUAUGCCCCCAGUCCCCUGCAAUUCCCAGAGUUCCCUGGGAAGAGGGGAUGGAUUUUGUUAAGCCAUUUUGGGAAUCCUAGUUCUCUGAGGGGAAUAGGGGCCUCCUUGCUCUGCGCCCUUAAACUACAGUUCCCAGGAUUCUGGCCGAGGGGUAGGGCAGCCAUGACUGUUCAAAGUGGUAUGAUACUGCUUUAAAUGUGUGGUGCGGAUGUGGCCUUACUCCCCAUAUCUCCCAAUGGGAGCGGGGCAGGCCCUCCCCACAACAAGGAGGCCUGGCCUUCGAGGGGGCAGCCAGAACCAGGUCUGCUAACUUGGUUUGAUGGGCCUAAUCCCGUGUUAAAGUAGCAGCUACUUCCCAGGUGCUUUUGUUUGUUUGUUUGUUCACUCAAAGUUUGAAACCCUUCCAGUAUUGAGGCUCAGGCCUGGAGGGACAGGAAUGCUAAUGGGAAGCCUUUGCGGUUCAAAAAGAAACUUAAAUUAUAUUCUGAAAGCAGCUAUUGUUGACAGAAACAUUUAGUGUGACGGCGUUCGUCUGUCGCGUUAAGCUGUGAAGCUUCUCCCUCUGUUACAGGCCGUCCCCCUCAGACAAUUAUGUGAAAUGAACGGGAACUUGAAUUGUUCAGAGUUUUAAAUGUCUGGGUUGUGCCUCGACCUGAUCCAUCCUUCUGCACUGGUUCUCUUUGAGGUUUUUUUAUUUUUCUGUGUUAAGCUUCUCUCCUCCCAGGUAACAUCCUCACCACGUGUGUGCAUAUUUAUCAGUAAACGUAUUUGCAAGUCGGUUUGAACGCUGUCUUUUAGAUAAGAGCAAUCGCUUCCCCAUGCUCAGCGCAUUGAAUGUUUGGUCGCGUAUUUGCAUUUUGCUUCCCAUGUUCCACGGAGCCCUGUGCGUUUUCUUGCAUGCUGUACUAUGCGCAUCCUGUGUCUGUGGCAUCCUGGCAUGCCAGGGGUGCAGCAGCCCCUGUCCAUUUCUGGACCCAGGGCUCAUUGGAAAUCCGUACAUGGAUGUGGGGAUUGCUUCAGUUCUCAAAAGAUGCAUCUCCACGUAUGUGUUCGCGGCUGGAAUAGCCUCCUGUGAUCGCCUGCAAUGCCCUCUUUUGCUCACCCCACACAAGGGCUGAUGUGUUGGCAGCUUCAAAAUGAAAAUGGGAUCACCUGACCUUUGGGGCGCCACCUGUCACUGUCAGCGGGUGCACAGGUGAGUGCCCCCAGGUAGCCUCUCAAUUUAGGAACUGCCCGACAAGGACAAAGGGUAUGUCUCUUUAUCAUCAUCAUCAUUAUUAUUUUGCUAGAGGUUCCUCUCCCCCAGUGGAAUUAGGAUUUUAGAAGUUUCUUUAGCGAGUUCUACCUCUGCCUUACGUAAAUCUCAUUGUGGAGGCACUGGGUGAAGGACUUGGAGGUUAAUAGAUUGGAGGGUGGACACACACCCCCUCCAGUGUUUUCGGCAAGAAACAAGCUUUACUAGACAUUUGAGAAUGUUAUCGGUGACUUGGAUGAAUGUGUGUACAGAGGAAAGCUAGAGGAGAUAGCAGCUCCCUGCUUGCUUACUGGAAAUGGGGAUAACUUGUAGGGUUAAACAAAGAACGUUUUUUUUAUGAUGACUUCCUUUAGUUUAUUUUGUGUACCUCCUGCCCCUCUUCCCCCCAAAUAAAUUUUACCUGGAUAUGUUUGAG